CUUUUAUCUUUACAUUUCAUAAAGCCACAAAAAUUGAAUUUACAAUAUUUUAAAGUUUGAUUCUGAACUGUAAGCUUAUUUCUUUUUUUCCCUCUUUUGCAACUGAAUACAGUGGAUUGAAUGAGGACUUUGAUUUCCUUUCUUAUCUUUGCUGCCCCUUUAAUAUAGCUUUUUUUCAUCUCCUUCAUAAAACCUCUGUCCUUAUCGCAUGAGAAUUAUAUUACCAUGUUUAAACUAUUGUCUUUAGUCUUGAAGAUGUAAUUUUAAAAUGGAACAGGGAUUUUUUUUUCUUGAAACCUUACAUUUACGUAUUUUCAGCUACAAUAUCUUUUUUUUUUCUUUGUCUCACUAUUUGUUCUACCAAGGACUUGUUGCAAAUGCUGUGCUUGUUUUUAUGAGGGUUAAUAAAUUUAAGUAGACAAAAGGGAAGAAAGAGAGAAAAGAAAGUAGUAAACAGAUCUUUCUUUUGAAGGAGAAAAAAAAUCUGAAAACCUUUCAUUUUGCUUUCAGGCAAUUCAUUGCAUUUACGAUAUCCAAAAUGCUAAACUUCAUUGUGGGUUACAUUUCCUGGCUGGGAUACAGAGAGAUUGUCAGAAAAUCGAGGUUUGAAAUAGAAAGCCAGCAGCAACCUCCUCUGGAACACAAGGAACCUCAGUACAGGGGACAGAGCUUGAGAGUGCUGCCACUUGGGAGUCACAAGCUGAAAUAGAGAAGCCUGUCAUCUUUGGUUUAUUUUUAAAAUAUGUGAACAAACUAUAAGCUAAAAACAAGCCUUGUGUUUUGGUUUUGCUGUGCCUGUGCUAGCAGCGUUGCUCUCAUGCCCUCUCGGUGCAGAGCACACAUGCCACAGCUCCUGCACUCCCGUUGCUCACUCUUAUGUUACUGCUCAAGUAUGCACUCAGAAAAGAGCCAGCAGAUACAGUAGAUUUAUUCUAGUGUUGAGGUCAAGGACUCCUCUUCUUUGGAUUCAGCAGAGAGGGAACUCUUUCCUCAUAGCACCACACAGGGUUUCGGCUUUGCAGCCUACUGUGAGUGCACACCACAGAUAAAGAAACAUCUGAGAGCAUUUUUAAAGGAUUUAUCAAUCCCGAGCACUGGUGAGCUAUGUGCUAUCUCCAGAGUCAGAGUUAGGAGGCUUUCAACAAGGGACAAUAUUUGCACGAAGUGCAAGCCAGAGGCUCCAGCUGCUGCAAACUUUUGCAACCCAUAAACCAGUGGAUUCUGUUUUCCUUGAAUGCUGUUAAUUAACGCUGAAGGAAUGGACAGCAACAAAAAAGCUCACAGAAAUUUUCUCAGAAGACAGCAAAGGAGCUAGAAAAAACAGCUUGACUUGUAGGUUCUCACCUGACCUAUGAUUGACUCUCUGCUAAUGCAACACUAAUUUAAGACACCUUUGUGUAUCAGAUCUGAGGAUGUUUGUGUUGCUGUACAUUACAAGCUUUGCCAUCUACACAAGCGAACAACCUCUUCAAAGCCAGGCCAAAGGAGAAAACUACUACACCAGAUAUAUCUGUAGCAUCCCGGGUUUGCCAGGCCCUGCUGGUCCCCCUGGAGCCAAUGGAUCCCCGGGACCACAUGGACGCAUUGGCCUUCCUGGAAGAGAUGGCAGAGAUGGCAGAAAGGGAGAAAAAGGUGAAAAGGGGAGUGCAGGUUUAAGAGGAAAGACUGGGCCAUUAGGACCAGCUGGAGAGAAAGGAGACCAAGGUGAGGCUGGUAAGAAAGGACCUGAAGGACUGACUGGUGCCAAAGGUGAAGUAGGUCCAGCUGGACCACCCGGACCUAAGGGAGAUAAAGGAGACCGAGGAGAGCCAGGAGCACCAGGGGUCUGCAAGUGUGGGAAGAUAGUGCUGAAAUCUGCCUUUUCUGUCGGCAUCACCACGAGCUACCCAGAGGAAAGAUUACCAAUUGUAUUCAACAAGGUCCUCUUCAAUGAGGGGGAGCAUUACAACCCGUCCACAGGAAAGUUCAUUUGUGCCAUCCCAGGGAUUUAUUAUUUUUCUUAUGAUAUCACCUUAGCAAACAAGCACCUUGCAAUUGGGCUGGUUCACAAUGGGAAGUACCGGAUCAAGACCUUUGAUGCCAACACCGGCAACCACGAUGUAGCUUCUGGAUCCACAGUGAUCUACCUUCAGCCAGAAGAUGAAGUAUGGCUUGAAAUCUUCUACACUGACCAAAACGGUCUCUUUUCUGAUCCAACGUGGGCAGACAGUUUGUUUUCUGGAUUUCUCUUAUAUGUUGACACAGAUUACCUUGAUGCUUUAUCAGAUGAAGAUGAGCUCUGAAGCAGAUGUCAAAUGACACCCAAACUGGAGGCCCCAGCACAGGAUUUUAUUUAUCUGUGUGGGGAAAACAAAGUUGAAAUGAAAAAAAUCUAGGAGUUCGUUCUACUUUUGAUUGGAACCAAAUCUGAACUCAUAAGGAUGUUUCUAGAAUUUAGGAUGGAUUUUUUUAACGAACUGCAGGGAUAUCAAAAUGAACUGUAAUUAACAAAAGACUGCAUCCUCCAAGACUGACUCUUCCCUAAAAUUACGUUUAUAAUGCUAUUUAAACAAAUUUAAGACACUGUACAAUGAAUUUUAUAUAAAAUGUAUUAAGUUGCAAUUUAGAAUGGAUAUUUUGUAUAUUACAUUAAAGUAAAAUUGAACAAUUUGCUGCGCUAUCAUCUUUGGUCAAUUUAAAACAGGUAAUACAUUAAAAAGAUAUAGGAGAGGAAUAAAAUAGGAAUGACUGUUUCAGAAUGCCACUGCAGAGGUCACAAGCACAGUCCCAUCUGAUAUUUACACCAACACAUAGCACUCAUAACUAACCAACCUCCCAAAAAGUACACGAAGAUUUGUACUAGCUGAGGACUACUCAAUAGCAGCCGCAAAAGACUAGAAAAAAAGCUAUCAAACAUAUAAAGAAAUUAAAAACUAGAAGAUCUGAAAACUUGGAGAUAGUGUUCAGUGGGUAUUUUCAGUGUAAUUCCAAGUGUCUUUGCUAUUCUUUAAAUGCUAUCUACUAACUUUAUGAGAAUUGUGGAAAAAAAUUACAAACUUUUUGCUGAAAAUAAUUGAGGAUGCCCAAAAAUGACAGGGCAGUAAUCACUAAUCAGAGAAAUUAUAUGAAACAAAGUGAGUCACAUCAUUAAAGCAGAUGUUUCAAAGUGGCCAAAUGCAAUGAUAUAAAUGUAAGUCACACAAAGAUGAAAAACUGCAUUCAGCAAAUCAAUGACCUUGGGAAAGGUACAUGGGACCUCAUGGAUUAUCAGCUAAACAGGAGUAAUAAAAGUAAGCUGUUGCUACUGCCCUUUGGAUGUACGAUAAAUGGAACUAAAAGUAGAGAUGAAAAGGAAGCUGGGAAGCAAUUACUUCUGUCAGUGUUUCAAAAACUUACUUGAAUGUUGCAAAAAACCCCGUUUAUACUUCUGUUCAUAGGGAUUACACAAGAGAUGUAACAUGGUCAAUUUACUUUUCCUGUCAAUGAGGUUAAGAGGUGAUUUAAUCAACAUCUGCAUCCAUGUGGAGAUAAAAUAUCUGGUACUACCUGGCACUUCCUUCUAUCAGAUAGGAGCACAGCAAGGCCCAUUGGUGGGAAACUAUCAAUCCCCACUGGAAAAGAGGAAUCCAUUUUACCAGUGGCAGCAAACAAUCAUUGUAAAAAUACCUAAGGACAUCACAAGUUCUCCAGCAUUCAACAACAGUCAAAACUGGCAAUCUUUCAUUGGGUUCUCUUAAUUUACAACCUUUUAUUCAUCCCAGAUUUACAGCGACCUGCCAUUUCUAACAGUUAUUCAGAUAACUUUAAAUGUUAGUGGUCUGUGUUGCACAGCUCUUGAACCCACUUUAGUUACAACCAAAGCUGAAGGAAAUUUCUGGGUUUUUCCAUGUACUUGACAAAUUAGGAAAGUUACAACCAGACAAAAUGACACAAAAAUACUGCUGAGGCUGCAGAACCAGCAUGGUUAUGUAUGGAACAUCAGUCUGUGCACUCUGUACCCUGCUCUCACUUCCCCCCACAUCAGCAUUCAGGGCUGUGCGUACAUGACUGCUGCUUUAUGCAGUGAACAGGUGCAAAGCCCUGACCACAAAUCAAACUGGCAAUGCUUGUACAACCAUUAUUUUAUCUGACAGUGAGAGAUGUCUGAGAGAAGACAAUAGCAGAUUAUUUUUCUAACUAGACAUCUAAUUUAUUAGUGUCACACAAGGACUGCUUUCUGUGAAAAAUAUGGAAGAGAACACUUGGAGAUUCGGUUUAUCACCCUGCUGUACAAUCAUUUAUACAUCUGCAAAUUAAGGACAAUGUGAGUGCAAAAUGCAGUCGAAUCAUCAUUUACAAUUAUGAUUGAUGCUGAUGCUCCACAGCCAUCAGUGCCUAUCUGAGGCACAGAGACCACAGCAUUGUUCAGUGCUGCCUGCACUGAAUUCCACAGGACAGAACGAGGAUCAUAUCGAGCCCAUGACUUCCAGGAGGCAUUAUUCAAUAGAUGCAGGACUGGACCCAGAAAAUAUAUCAUCCAGCAAAAGCAACUAGUAGAAGUUUUUAAUUAGAUGAUUAUGACCUUUGAAUCAGUAUAAAAUUUAUGUUAGGAGUAACAAAUCAGUUUUAUUAGAAUUAGAAAAUCUGAUAAACUCAGCCUUCAGGAAAGAAUAUGACUGAUUUUCUCCAGACUAUACAAAAAUGUACUGUAGUUAUAAUACAUCUGGAAAUUUUCAGACAAAACUAUUUUUUCUCAAUUAAGUAGAGAAAAUAUACAACUUUAUAGUGAAAUAUUCCUGGUUGCCUUCCUAACUGUAAGCAAACUGCUCCCAUGUAAAAAUCUGUAAAAAUGAAUGCAGUAUAAAAGAGGUAUUUUAACCACACUAAUGUUGAAAAUGACACCAUGGGAAUAAGUAAACCAAGAGUUAUUGCUUUCCUUCUCUUAGCAAUUUUAGAUUUAUGUUUGUACAAUGAUAGAAAAGUAACUUUAGUUUCCUAAAGUUUUCCCAUUUGGAUUCUAUACUUUUUUGAACAGUUUAAUAUUUUGGCAUGAAGAGUUAAAAAUAAGUAAUUCUGUUGGAUUAUUUCUACAGGUUUUGACAAGAAGUAGUUCUACUACACAUAUGGACAACAUAUGUAUAGCAGUACCAUGUAUCCCUGCUCUCAUCAAGGGUCUCAAGACAUUAUCCUAAAGUAAAUAAUUGCUAUUGCUGGUAUAUUAUUUGAAAAUACAUCAAAUUUGAUGACAUGAUAUUGCAUUUGGGGUAUUUAUCUGACUAAAUUUGAAUUUAUAUGGACGAUAUCUUGGGCUGAUGUCUUCCCACAGCUCACACCAGUACACGGGGAGAUCUGGUUGGUUUCAAAACAAAGGGCAAAAUUUCUUCGUCAUCAAAUUUGAAAUUAAUAAAUGAUUUCUACACAAUAUAUUGGUCAUUCUACACAUGCCAUAAGGCCAUAUAAAAUUAGGCAUCCAGAUCAAAUUAGUCAUCUAGACUCUGCCUACAGUCCACAGAGAGAAAUAAGUGUCCUCAGGAGAAGCUCCCAGGAGGACGCGUCUUUACUGCAGUACCAACUCUUGGGCUUCCUGAUCAAGGCUGCAAGAACUCGUACAAACCUCAAACCAUCAGGAAACUGUCAAACAAUAUUAAGAACAUCAGUAUUCCUGAGAUUCUUAAGUGUAUAUAUAUUUACUUGGGAUAUACAUGUGUAAAGAUAAAUAAGGAAAAAUAAAGUUAUUUGAAACAAAACAGCUCUUCACUGUCUUCUACUCUAUCAGACUUUCUUUAUACUUGGUAGAGUGACAUUAAG